AUGUCUACCAUGCCUGCCUCGCACGGCCACAGCGAAGCCUGCUGCAAUGUGCCACCCGUCGUGACGAAGGGAUAUAAGAACAAGGGAACAUAUGAGGAGAUUGGAGGAUACAGGUCUUACGUAACUGGCCCUGCCGAUGCCACGAAAGCAAUCGUCGUCACCUACGACAUCUUUGGCUACUUUGAGCAGACACUCCAGGGCGCCGAUAUCCUAGCCUACAGCGACGACAAGCAAAAGUACAAGGUCUACAUGCCCGACUGGUUCCACGGCAAACCUUUUCCCAUCUCGAGCUUCCCCCCCGAUAACGAGGAGAAGCAAAAGGCUCUCGGCAAAUUCUUUGAGACGUACCCACCUCCCAAGGUCGCCGGCCAGAUCCCCCCGUAUGUUGAUGCCAUCAAGGCCAAGGACUCUUCCAUCACUAGCUUUGGUAUUGUCGGUUACUGUUGGGGCGGAAAAGUCAUCUCCCUAGUCGUCAAGGCCGACUCGAACCCCUUCUCCAUCGCCGCAGCCGCCCACCCCGCCAUGGUCGACCCCGCCGACGCAGAGGGCAUCAAGGUCCCCUUCGCCCUGCUCGCCUCCAAGGACGAGCCGAUCGAGGACGUCGACAAGUUCGAGGCCGCCCUCAAGGUGCCCAAGCACGUCGAGACCUUUCCCGACCAGAUCCACGGCUGGAUGGCUGCCCGGUCCAACCUGGAGGAUCCGAGGGUCAAGGCCGAGUACGAGCGUGGAUACAAGGUCCUCGUCGAAUUUUUCGGCAACCACUUUUGA